GGUAACCAGAUGGGAUCCAAUAGAGUCUUAACGUCUUUGAAUUUGUCCUUGUCAGCUGUAUUGGGGAACACAGAUUAUGAUAACGUUUACACUGGUUCACCAUCUGCAUCACAAUUUCAAGGGUGUCACAAAGUUCACGAGAGCACUUCGACGACUUCAAACUCUUCUCUUAAAAUACAUAAAGACAUAUCGAAGUAUAGCUCUUUUUCAUCAGUAUACUGUACUAUUUCUUCGAGAGUGAAAAGUGUAAUACCAUUCGUGAAGGUGGCCUACCCUGACAUGAUGGGAAGUCAGGGCCACGUUCAGCCGGAACCACUCAAUAAGAUGGAAAGGACUGCAUGCAGAAUGAAAUUACUUUCGUGUGUGGAUCGAGCAAUAAAUCCAGAAGCUUAUAUGAAUGAAGUUGUAUACGACUUGGACCAAAUUUGUAGCACUGGAAAUGUUUCAGACAAUACUGCUCAGAAAAGUUCCGACAGUUUGUUUCUUGGAAACACUGAUGAACAAGAAGUUACAAAAAUUAACUGCUUUUCUUCUCGAUUAAGUUUUGAAUCCAGAUUUGAGUCCGGCAACUUAAGAAAAGUCAUUCAGGUAGGUCCCAGAGAGUACGAGCUUAUCCUGAUGCCAGAUGUGAAUUCAACAAAGAGACACCAAUGGUUCUAUUUCGAGGUGCGCAGUAUGCAGCAAGGCCGACCCUACAUAUUCAACAUAGUUAACUGCGAGAAAUCUGACAGCCAAUUCAACUUUGGCAUGAAACCUGUUUUGUAUUCUGUGAAAGAAGCUGUGUUGGGUAGACCAGGGUGGGUUCGAGCUGGUACUGACAUCUGUUACUAUCGCAACAGUUACCACUAUGCAAACCAGAAGAACCAUACGAAAUGCUACCUCACUGUCACGUUCAAUAUAGAAUUCCCGCACUCAAACGAUGUGUGCUACCUCGCUUAUCAUUUUCCGUUCACAUACUCGAUGAUGAUGACUCGCAUCUGGCAAUGGAGUCAGCAGCUACCGGCAGGAACGUACCUCCGAAUGGAACCACUCUGCUAUUCACUUAACAAUAAUGAAGUCCCACUGUUGACUAUCUCUGCAGAAGAUACACCAACCAGCUCCAUAGUGGAUAGAGAGAUAAUUUUCCUGACGGCACGAGUACACCCCGGCGAAAGCAAUGCUUCCUGGGUGAUGGAUGGCACCCUCAGCUGUUUGCUGGGAGACUCUACCGCGGCAGCAGGACUAAGAGCCAAGUACGUCUUCAAGAUCGUGCCCAUGCUCAACGUUGAAGGAGUCAUCAAUGGCUGCCACCGAUGCGGCCUCACUAAUGAAGAUUUGAAUAGGCGAUGGUGUAAACCGAGUCCCGUUCUGCAUCCAUCCAUUUACCAUACGAAGGGUCUAAUAGAGUAUCUGGUGCGUGUGUGGAAAAAGCCACCGCUGGUGUACUGCGAUUAUCACGGCCACUCGCGGAAGAAGAAUGUCUUCUUUUAUGGAUGCGCCGCCGCGGAGAGCUGGUGCAGCAACGACAGGCUGGUUCCUGAUGAGCCGGUCAAAUAUCUGAUGCUGCCAGCCUUAAUGCACCGAAUAUCGCCGGCAUUCGCGCUCGGUUCGUGCUCGUUUCGCGUAGAACGCGAGCGGGAGAGCACCGCGCGCGUUACAGUGUGGCGCCACCUCGGUGUCACCAGAUCAUACACUAUGGAGGCCUCCUUCUGCGGAUUCGACCGGGGACCGUUUAAGGGCUUCCACCUAAACACGCAGCACCUACAGAGCGUGGGAAGCGACUUCUGCGAGGCCCUCAAUGGUCUCAACGACACCACCACUAACGUCGACAUACAGCUCACUAAAGACCUUAAUGGAAAUAUUAUUGAGAUUAAUCUGAAGGAAGCAGAAACUGGAAGAGUAAUUGCAGUGGAUAGCGAAGCAGGUUCCGGGUCAGACAGCGUGCUGAAAACUGAUUCCGACGAAGACUUUGACUAAAUAAGUUUGAUUAUUAGAUUUAGGCUAAGGCUAUAAACAUCUGACAUUAAAAUAUACAUACACACCCCAGUUACUGUAUGAAGGUUGGAUUACCUACUCAAUGAUUACAUACCUACUUAAUGAUUGAUGAAAUUAGAAAUAUACAUUACUGCACUGUACACAAAACAGUAUAUCAUAUAACAGUAGGUAACAAGAGGAAAAUUUUCAGCUUGAACUCCUUAAUUUAAGAUCGAUUACAGAAAGACCUUUGGUACUAAAUUAACAUACUAUCGACUGUAUUUACAGAAAAGAAAAUAUUAUAAUUUAUUUAUAAUAUCGUUCGAAUUUUACUAUGAAAGAAAUUAUUUUUGGAAUGGCCUUGUUUAUUAUUAUUUUGUAUAUUUAAACGUCUAGUACAAUUAUUAUACUUCGGUUGAUUAAUUUGUAUAAAAUAGUGAAAGUAUUGUGUGAGUGUGACUUAGUUUUUUAUUAAUAAUUUUAAAUUCUAAAUCUUAAGUUAUAUGUGAUCUCAAUU